AUGGGCGGCUGGCGGAAGCGGCGGCGGCGCGACGGCUCGGAUGCGCCGUCGAUGCACCCGCGCAACCGCUACGCCGCCGCCGCGCCCGACUUCGCCGCGCUGGCGGAGCUCUACCCGUCCUUCCGCCCCUUCGUCUCCGUCUCCGACCGCGGCCGCGCGUCCGUUGACUUCACCGACUUCUCCGCCACCCGGGAGCUCACGCGCGUGCUCCUCCUCCACGACCAUGGCGUCAACUGGUGGAUUCCAGAUGGACAGCUCUGCCCUACUGUUCCAAACAGGUCCAACUACAUUCACUGGAUCGAGGAUCUUCUCUCCUCAGAUCUGAUACCACCAAUAUCCAGUUCAAGUGAGAGAGUGAAGGGCUUUGACAUUGGAACAGGUGCCAAUUGCAUCUACCCUCUCCUUGGAGCAUCUUUACUGGGAUGGACCUUUGUUGGAUCUGAUGUCACUAAUGUUGCUCUUGAAUGGGCUAAGAAGAAUGUGGAGAGCAAUCCACACCUAGCAGAGCUAAUUGAAAUCAGAAAUGCAAAUGCACCGUCCUCUGAAUCUGAAUAUGUUGUCAGGGCAGCUGCAAGGGAGAAAAUUUUAGAGUCUGCGGAGGAUGUAGCUAUGCCAAAGGCACAUAUCCUUGUGGGUAUUGUAAAGGAGAGUGAGAGCUUUGACUUCUGUAUGUGCAAUCCUCCAUUCUUUGAGAGCAUAGAGGAAGCUGGUCUUAACCCAAAAACAUCAUGCGGUGGGACAGCUGAAGAGAUGGUUUGCCCUGGUGGCGAGCUGGCAUUUGUUACACAAAUCAUUGAAGAUAGUGUUUCCCUUAAGAACUCUUUCAGGUGGUUUACAUCGAUGAUCGGCAGAAAGGCAAACUUAAAGUUAUUGAUCUCAAAGGUUCGUGAGGUUGGGGCCUCAGUCGUGAAAACUACUGAAUUUGUACAAGGUCAGACAGCUAGAUGGGGCCUUGCUUGGUCAUUCGUUGCUCCAAGACCAAGAAAAAUGGUCCUCAGCCACAGUGCUCCAGCAAAAAACCACCAUUCCUUUAUGCUUCAGGGCCUUCGGCGUGAACAUGGUGCAUUCCAAGUUCUGAAAUCAACUGAGGCUUUCUUUCUAGCUUCUAAUCUAUCAUGCAAAACUGAUUCGUUAUCCUUUUCGGUCGAUGUCACGCUGUCAGAUGAGCAGAUUGAGGCUGCAAUAUUGCAUGGGGAUGAUUAUGCCGGUUCUCUAGAAGACAGCACUGCAAAGUUACAAAGUGUUGUCAAGGGAAUAUCAUUUCGUAUUACAGUGUUUGAACAAAUUCCUGGGACCCUCCUAAUCAAAGGUUCAUUAUUGAAUAAUAAAGCAUUAUCAGGAACCUUCUCAUCAUUAUUCUCUCAGUUGGAGGACGCUUUAAGGAUGGAAUGCCUCACUAAGGCGCAAAUUGUAUGUCAAACAAGCAUGAUAUGCCAUGUAUAUGGUCGAUACUAUGAUGAAAUAGCAAGUGAAGUGGUUCAACGAUACCAAGGGCUUCGGGUUCAUCUCUCCGAGGACGGGAGCGAGGACCUGUUCGUCCACCAGUCUUCGAUCAAGUCGGAGGGCUUCCGCUCCCUCGCCGAGGGCGAGGAGGUGGAGUUCUCCGUCUCGGAGGGCGACGACGGCCGCACCAAGGCCGUCGACGUCACCGGCCCCGACGGAUCCUACGUCAAGGGCGGGAGCGGCGGAGGCGGGGGCGGCGGGGGAGGCUACGGCUCCCGCGGCGGGGGCGGAUCUGGCGGCGGCGGUCGCAGCUACGGCGGUAGCUGGGGCGGCGGCCGGAGAUCCGGCGGCGGGGGCGGCGCCGGCGCUUGCUACAAGUGCGGCGAGCCUGGUCACAUGUCUAGGGACUGCCCCAGCGCCGACGGCGGCGGUGGAGGCUACGGUGGCGGUGGAGGCGGCUACGGAGGUGGCGGUGGCGGCGGCUACGGAGGUGGCGGAGGCGGCUGCUUCAAGUGCGGCGAGCAAGGCCACUUUUCCAGGGACUGCCCCAGCGGCGGAGGUGGCUACGGCGGUGGCGGGUACGGUGGUGGUGGCGGCGGUGCCUGCUACAACUGCGGCCAGACCGGCCACAUGGCCAGGGACUGCCCCAGCGGCGGCGGCGGUGGCGGAGGGAGGUUCGGCGGUGGCGGCGGCGGCGGCGGCGACCGCUCCUGCUACAACUGCGGCGAGGCCGGCCACAUCGCCCGCGACUGCCCCACAUGA